ACAAGAUGGUACCCUAGCAGGAAGUGGUUCACAAUAGAAGACAAAAGUAAUCAGUUAUCUUCUUACUCUUCUUGUUCUUCUUCUCAGUGCCAGAACCUAAAGAAGAACACGUUCCAUUUCCCCUUUGCUUUUCCAAUUUUCCACCUACCAUGCUAUUCAACUAGGGUUAGGACGUAGGGCGUUCUUAAUUUUUUCGCUCUGUUAAUUACAAAGAAGGCCGACAUGGUUGUGCUUUCGCUCUCAGCUCCCAACCUCUCUACCGCUUUUCUCGCUAAGAAAUUGUAUCUCCGAGAACACGCGAAGAAGCUUACGGCCUUUCGCACUAAAUGCACGGUGGACACGCCCUACGGAGGUAAUGUCCAGAAAUUCCCUCGAAUCAAUGUUUGGGAUCCUUACCGUCGUCUUGGUAUUAGCCCUGAUGCUUCUGAAGAAGAAAUUUGGGGAUCAAGAAAUUUUUUGUUGCAACAAUAUGCUGGGCAUGAGAGGAGUGAAGAAUCAAUUGAAGCGGCUUUUGAAAAAUUAUUGAUGGCAAGUUUCAUACAGAGGAGGAAAACAAAAAUUAAUUUGAAAAGCAAGUUAAAAAAGAAAGUAGAAGAGUCUCCACCAUGGGUGAAGAACUUGCUAAACUUUGUUGAACUUCCACCGCCUGAAAUCAUCCUCAGAAGAUUGUUUCUCUUUGCCUUCAUGGGUGGCUGGAGUAUUAUGAAUUCCGCCGAAACUGGACCUGCUUUUCAGGUGGCGAUCUCUUUGGCUGCUUGCAUAUAUUUUCUUAACGAAAAGACAAAGAGCUUGGGGAGAGCAUUCAUUAUUGGAUUUGGAGCUCUGGUGGCUGGAUGGGUAUCUGGUUCAGUGCUGGUACCCAAUAUUCCAGCUGUGUUGCUGCGCCCAACUUGGACACUUGAACUCCUAACGUCAUUGGUAGUUUAUACAUUCUUGUUCGUUGCUUGUACUUUUCUCAAGUGAAGUAGAGCAUCAAUUCUUUCAACGUUUUAUUAGGAGAUGAGUUUAUAGGCGAUCGAGCUGCACUUUUGUUUAGCGAGCUUAAAUGUUUACUGUCUUAUACUUUAUCAAAACAACUUUCUGAAUUGGGAAUGGUCAGCGUAAUUAUUUCAAAA